GCUGCCGCUGAUUUCCUGAGCCAAAUCAAUGAGUCUUUGAAGAACUUUCCAAAUUCAGCGACUAAUGCGGGCGGUCGUGAUAUUUAUCAUCAUGAAGAAAGAUUGGUUUUGUCUGAUCAGGAAGCUCCAUUGUACGUCGCUCCCAAGAUCGAGUCUCUUUCUCCGCAGCCUGCCCCCUCUCCGUCCUCUGAUCCGAGAGGAAACUCUUCUCACUGCGGAGAAGAGAAAGAUAAAUUGAACAGUUCAAAAGGAACGGAUUUGAAGAAGGAAGUAGAACAGACUGCCCAGGGUGAUGAAGAGUCUGUCCAGAUAGAAGUUGAUCGUGUAAUGAAGGAAUUAAUUGAACUGCAAGGACAUUUUAAUGCGGAGAAAAACUCUGAUCCUGUUGAUUCAGAAUAUUCCUCCACAAGAACAAAAUUCCCCCCCACUACUAAAACAAACUGUAGUUCCAUAUCAGUGACAGUGAGUGCGCCAUGCAGGACACAGCAGUCAAAAUCUAGCAAGCAGUGUGCUGAGAGUUCGGCACCACUCUUGGGAAGACGCCCUUCGACUGGAAGUACAGACGCGGCUAAGAUGAGCUAUGGUUUUCAAGAUGAAUUUCAAAAACAUCUCUUUCAGGAAACAAUGAAUAAGCAGGACCCUGAGGUUCCAAACAGUUACAAGAUGGCAAGGAGCAAAGCUCCCGUGGCACACUCUCAGGCGAACCACACGACCGUGCACAGUUCCAUUACCAACAGACAUAAUCAGAAUUCUUCCCUGGAAGGAUGUGCGCCUGGCCCAAAUUCGAGACAUUGCAGUAAUCCAAAUUCCGCUGCACAUUAUCCAAAAGUAAUGAGUGUAAAUAUGGAAUCGUACACUGGACCUCCAUACCUGAGUAGAAUGUCGACUUCUCUCAAUUCAAUUUUACAAGACAUCACGUCUAAUGCUCACACACCUCAAUCAGAUUGUCUAAGGGCCAUUCACCGCUGUCGUACUUUCGCAAGAAAACCCCGAAAAGGGGUCACUUCGGUCAAGCUGACCGUAGACGACGAAUGAAUGAAGGUACCAGCCAACAUUCCCCCCCGUAUUAACUCAACUGCCAGAAUGUUUGGACCUUGUUGGCCAAGCACCAAGCCAUCGUAGAAGAUUUGCAAAUGGCGUGUACAUGUUUAUGUGAAUAUCCAGAGGAAAGUGCCAAUAUAGUAUGUAGUAACUGAACAGCGGAAUUGUCGUAGGGCAACAAAGUAAGUGAAGGUAGCGUAUUGUGUGAUUUUGUAUGUACAGGUAUGUAAAGAAUGAAUUAACAAAUUGAUAAUAGAACAUUAUAGUGAAUGACUGUUACCAGAACUUUUUUGACAGUGUCUUGGCCUUUGUACUGAUUCUAACAGACGUGGCAGCAUUAUACAAUUAUGUUUGAUUUAAUUUUUGUAAAUUUAUGAAUUCCAUGUUGAUUGCUUUUUAUCUUGGAAAGUUCUUUUUGUAUAGUAUUUUUCAAUGUGAUUUAUCAGUUGAAAAGUUUGUUGCAGAUUAUGGAGUGAUUAUGAAAUAAGUUAACUAUAGACUUUUUAAAUCAAGGCAGUUAUAUUUAUACCUAAAUUAAAACUGUCCUUAUGUAUAUUUACAAUAAAAUGUGAAGUGAUUAA